GUCUUGUUUCAUAGCCUCAUGUCGAGCAAGAGAAACAGAAACCUUGUGCUUCUUGCGUGGUUCAAAGGGAUUGAUUAAAGUUUCUUCUUUCUCAGUUCUGAGGCUUUGCUUUGUCUUCUCGCCUCAAAAUAGAACACUCGAUCAGUAAUAUGUUUGAUUAGAUACACAACACUUUGGUAGGCAAACAAUAUGGCAACAGCUCUGCUGCUCCCUCCUUCUCCUUGUCUUUCCUCUGCUUCUUUCUUGAAGAACAAUGGAGAACCAAGAAGUUGCUGCUGUGCCUCUAUUCAACAAUCCAAGCGCAAUUCUCACUUGAAAGGUUUAAGAGUCAGAGCCCUCAAAGAGAAAACGGAGAAAAUCGAAAACCCAUCUUCAUCUUCUUCAUCUUCUAAAGCUUCAGCAGAGGAAAUUACCAAGAAGUAUGGACUUGAAGCUGGUCUCUGGAAGAUAUUCAGCUCAAAAGAGGAAGAAAAGGAAGGUGAAAAGAAGAAGUCAAAGGGUGAUGAAGCCAAGGAAUUGCUAGCUAAAUAUGGAGGGGCAUACCUGGCCACCUCUAUUGCACUAUCCAUUAUAUCAUUUUCGUUGUGUUAUGCGUUAAUCAGCGUCGGAGUUGACGUCCAAGCUUUGCUGCAGAAGGUUGGAAUCUCAGGUAGUGAGGCUGGAGAGAAAGUUGGAACUUUUGCUUUGGCAUAUGCUGCACAUAAAGCUGCAUCUCCAAUUAGGUUUCCUCCAACUGUGGCUCUCACUCCAGUAGUCGCCGGUUGGAUUGGGAAGAUAGUCGGAAAAGAGAAGUAACUUCUUCGGUUACUUAUCUCAUAAACGGGAGUUUUGUUUCUAUAUAUAACAUCAACAUGUCAAAACUUGUCUUGCCCAUGUAGCAUUCAAGGUUGAACUCUCCUAGUCCUUAAAACGAGUUUUUAUGAUGCAACUUAGCUGGUGUAGCAAAUGUCUAAAUUGCAGAAUUUGGUGAUGUAUUUUGAUGCGGCAAACUGACUCCUGGAUUCAAUCAUAAUGCAAUUCUACUUAUAAAAUUGCUGCAUCAAAGAGCUAUCAUUCA